AUGACUUCCAGUCCGGAGUCGCAAGAGCCCAGGGAGCUGCCGGAAAGCCAAUUUCUUGCCUCAACAUCUGAUGGUCUUCUACCUUCAGCCUCUGCGAAGAUUCCAGGACAAAGGUCACUACCGAAAAGGAUUGCUGUUAUCUCGUUCGAGGCCAUCGUAACUCUUGUCCCGCUUCUUUUUAUCAUUUUGGCAUUUUGUGCGAAUAGUCUAGAUGGUAAGCAAUUGUCUAAGUGGGGUGAAAAGCUACAACAAUUGGCAAAAUAUGGGAGUACUAUAUUUCCUAUCCUUUUUGCUUCUGUGCUUGGGAUGGCUAUAAGAUCAAUCGCGAGAUGGAGAGCGGAACGGGGAACAACGCUUCGUGAACUAGAGCUCUUGAUGGGAAGCCAGACUUUGGGUAGUACAAUAAGCACUCAGAUUUCCACCCUUGGCUUUUCUAACGACUUCCUUCUCGGCUUUGGGCUCCUUGUGUUUUGGUUGCUUUCUCCUAUCGCAGCACAGGCUUGUUUGAGACUGGUCGACAUAAACCAAGUGACUACUGAGAGUCCUGGUAAUAUCACCUAUUUGGAUAUGGAAAAUAGCACGAUUUUCAUGACAGGAGAUGAUAAAACUGGAGUACGUGAUAUAUAUAACACUCUCUAUGAUUUUAGUCUGCUCUCACCACCAGUAUAUCGCACUGAAAGCAGAGAUCUAUGGGGAAAUAUAAAGGUUCCGAUGUUAGAAUCAUUCAACUCUUCUAGGAUCGAAGAGGACGGGUGGAUAUCCGUGGAUGCAUACGGCAUUGAUAACAAUAUCUCAUAUGUAUCACUUAUCGGCAUUCCAGUUAUUGGCCUCCCAAAGUUGAACUUGAGCGAUGAAUGGACAAACAAAUCAUUAUCGGUACUGAUGACCAUUUUCAGCUUGGAGACAAAUUAUUUUGUUUUUGAUUGUUCAAAUAUUUCGAUAGUAGACCCUGAACAUAGCCAGCAAGAAAAUAGUUCUGGUUAUCUUUACAACAGGACUUCGCCUUCUCCCAAUACAACCUUUGUUUUGGACACCUCCACUCCGCUCGAUAGAGUCUCGACACCGGGUCUACAACCAAGAUACAUAACGUUUGUCUCGAAUUAUGGUGUGCCAGAAGACGAGGACGAUACAGUUGUAUACAAAAGUGCGAUGACGAAUUGUUCUGUGACUCAAUCAUACGUUGAAUUGUGGGUUGAAUGCUAUUAUGAUCUCUGCGAGACCACAGGAAUCCGGAAAUCCACAUUACUUCACAAACCUCCGGAAUAUACCGCUCUGGAUAAUCAGGGUCAUAUGAGCUUUAUUGCGAAAGAAUUAACUCACAGAGGAAUCGAUAUUACAACUAUCAAUACCGACGCACUCUGGAGUGGAACGUUGACCGAAUAUUUUCUCAACGAUCCAUCGAAAGUGGGGUCCUUCUUCGAGUAUAGCCGGGAUAUAUCUCAGCUACCCAGAGAUGUUUUCGCCUCUAGGUUCGGGUUAUUGUUCAACACCUAUUGGAACGCCGUACUUUCGCCAAACAUCUUGGUUGAUUCCAAGACCAAGGAUGAUAUAGCCCACAUUGUCGUCACUGAUCCUAAUUUUGACUACUCAGACUUAUUCAAAACCACAAACACAAACACAACUAUCGAGCUGACCGUGGACAGGUACGUUCGAAAGGUCUGGGCGAUGGCAACACUCAUGGCAACAAGCUGUUUGCUUCUCACCACAGCCAUUAUCGGCACGGUCCUCAGGUGGAAGUGUGUAGGCCCCAAUGUUCUGGGCUACGUUUCGACACUCUUAAUGGAGCCUGGAGGUUGCACACUCGAUGGACCGGAGAGAACUAGGGCAUUUGCAGAUACGAAGGUGGGCCUUGUGGCUGUCAGAGACGACAAGGAAGGACGUGUUGUAUUCUCACUCUUGCCGAAGCUCCCCGCUACAACGGAAGAAGCAGUCGACAAGUAA